AUGGGCUCGAAACUUCUCUUCGUUGCUAUUCUUCAGCUUCAGGCUAUUUUCGCAUCCGCAAUGCAUCGCCCAGCGGAAUGGGAUCGCCAUGACGAGAUCAUCAUGGCCUGGCCAUCGAUCGAGAACGACGCCUAUGCGGAAAAGGGCGGAAGUCGUGAUCUGGCGGCUGCCACUCGUGAUAUUUCGGCCAUUGCUGAGGCAGUCGCUGAAUUCGAACAAGUCACUCUCUUGGUCACCCCGGACCGCCUCGACGAGGCAAAGAAGCGUUUCAAGCAUGAUCCAGACGAUAUCUUCGUCCAAACCGUCCAUGACUACCCUAAGCUUGACCUCUGGAUGCGUGACAUGGCACCGACUUUUGUUUUCGAUGGAUGUCAUCUUGUUGGAGUGGAUUACAACUUCAAUGGUUGGGGUAACAAGUACCCUGUCAAUGCCUCCGUAUCCCUUGCGUCCCAGAUCUGCGACAACAUGAACCUCACUCGAAUUUCUACGUGGCUGGUGACGGAGGGCGGCUCGCUUGAGGAUGAUGGCGAAGGCACUCUUCUGAUCACCGACAGCUCAAUUAUCAACGAGAAUCGCAAUCCAGGAAAGAGCAAUCAGCAAAUUGAGGCUGAGUUGCAGCGAACUCUUGGUGUCGCAAAGAUCAUCUGGCUUCCUGGUAUCAAGGACGGAGAUGUCACGGAUGGACAUGUUGAUGGUCUUGCACGAUUCAUCGCACCAGGAAAGGUUGUCAUGAGCAGGCCGAACACUCUCGAUGAUAGCAAAUUUUCCAAGGUGUUCCUGGACGCCCGUGCUAUUCUCCAAAACGCGACGGACGCUCAUGGCCGACGUCUCGAGGUUGUCGAAAUGGUUGAGGCCGAUCUGUACUCGCUGGGACUAGACCGACGCACUCUGAAAGACAUUGAAAGUGGAGAGGAGGAUUAUCCUUCAUUGAGUUAUGUCAACUGGCUGCUCGUGAAUGGUGGUGUCAUUUUCCCCCAGUUUGGAGACAAGAAGGCCGACGCUGCGGCCUUGGAACUCAUUCGUGGCUUGUACAAGGAUCGUCGGGUGAAGACUGUGCGCCUUGAUCAGCUGCCAUUUUUGGGUGGAGGUAUUCACUGCUCCACCCAGGAAGUCCCAGUCUAA